CAGCCAGGCAUCUGACAGUGACAGUACCUACUAUCUAUGUAAACGUAAUUUUCAUAUAAAAUGCAGAAUGUUCAAAUUCGAUAAUUUAUUCACCAUAUAAAGAAUGCUUUAUUGGAGUUAUUGAUGUAAACACUUAAUCCUUUUUGAAAAGUAGCAGAAUAUAAUUGUAAUAGUCUAAUAAAAUUGUAAACUCUUGAUCUUCCAUGUCUUCAUCACAAAUUCUAAUCCAUUGAAUCACAAGGUGUGACUACUAUAUUUCAGUUCAUCCGACAGUCAUGGAACUUACAUCUCAUAGUCUUAUUUUGAAUGAAGAUGAUUUGGCCCAAAUACCACAGGCUAAGAAACCAGUAUUUAUAUUUGAAUGGUUACGCUUUCUUGAUAAAGUUCUUGUCGCCGCACAAAAGAGUGACAUAAAAGGUUGCCAAAAAAAACUAGUUGAACAAUUAGUUGCUUUAGUUAAUGAUUCACCUGGACCUUCUACAAGAAAACUCAUAGCUAGAAAUCUGGCUACAUUAUUCUCUGUAGGUGAUACAUUUUUAUUAUUUGACACCGUUAAUAAAUGUAAUGACAUACUGAAAAAUAAAGAUGACUCCCCCAGUUUUCUGGCCACUAAAUUAGCUGCUAUAUGUUGUGUUGGAACUAUGUAUGAAAAAUUAGGAAGAAUGAUGGGCAGAUCUUAUGAAGAAACUGUUCAAAUUCUUGUAAGAUCGCUAAGAAGUGCAGAAUCUCAGACAAGAAUUGAAAUCAUGCUAACGUUAGAGAAAGUUUGUGCUGGAAUGGGCACUGCUAUAUCUAAUGUUCAUAAAGAGAUAUACAAAGCAUCGAAACAUUGUCUUGUGGACAGGGUAAUGGCAGUUCGAUGUGCAGCAACAAGAUGUCUUUUGGAAAUGUUGAAUCAUGCCCCAUUUUUAUAUACCACUGAAUUGGAAAGUAUGGCAACACUUUGUUUUAGAGCUUUUGAUGGCUCUAAUUAUGAAGUCAGGUGUGCAGUUGCAAAACUAUUAGGCACUUUGGUAGCUAUGACGCAAAAUCAAAAGCCUGAGAAACAAUUACAACCACAAACGAAAACAGUGAAAUUAGUCUCUUUAGAUGAAUCCUUAGGAAUAUUAAUGUCAGGUUUUCUAAGGGGUGGUGCAGGCUUUCUGAAGGGGACAGGAGAAAUUAUCAAGGGUAGUUCUGGAGUAAAUCGUGAAGUUAGAGUUGGAGUAACUCAUGCUUAUGUCACGUUUGUUCAGAUUUUGGGAAGUGUUUGGUUAGAACAAAAUAUGAAACCAUUUUUGAAUCACAUUCUCUAUCUAGUUGCAAAUCCUAAAGCUGCAUCUUCUCAUGUUGAUGCAGUAUAUUCCAGAAAGUGUAUUAACUUCAUUUUACGCAGUGUGUUUGGGAAGAUGUUAGGAGAAAAGGCUCAAUCAUCUGCUUGUAAGGAAAUAGCUCAAAUAGUUGUGAAAGAAAUGAAUUCCAUCGAUUUCAAUCCAGAAAAUGCUAAAGAUUUCAACCAAGAAACUUUAUUCAGUCAGCAUUUGUUGGUAUGCGGUCUUCAAGAAAUUGGUAGCCUUGUUCUGAGUCUUGGUACUACUGCCCAUGAUUUAAUAACUGAUCAACAUCUUAAUUUAAUAGAUGCUACAAUCAGUGUAUUGAUUCAUCCAUGCCAAGCUGCUAGAUUGGCAGCUGCUUGGUGUUUGAGAUGUAUUUGCAUAGCAGUUCCAAGUCAAAUCACUCCUCUCAUAGAUAGAUGUGUAACAGGCAUUGAAGAAUACCGAACUAGUCCUGAAGCAAUUUCUGGUUACAGUGGGGCAUUAGCAGCAGUGUUGGGUGGAGUUAAUUUAUCUCCGUUGGGUGUACCUCACAAUAAGGGAAAAAUUAUUUUCAAUACAGCUGAGGAAUUACUCAGGAGUGCUAGUCAAAAUAGCAGAUUGUCAUUGAAUAGAACUCAUGCUGGGUGGUUACUUAUCGGUGCUAUAAUGACUUUAGGUGUCCCUGUUGUUCGUGGUUUGCUCCCAAGAAUGCUCCUACUUUGGAGAAAUUCUUUCCCUAGAUCCAACAAGGAACUUGAUUCUGAAAAAGCUAGAGGAGAUGCAUUUACCUGGCAAGUCACAUUGGAAGGACGCGCAGGAGCACUUACAGCAAUGCAUAGUUUUCUUCAACACUGUCCUGAGUUAGUAAACGAUGAUAUCACAAGAAGACUACUUAAUCCUAUUGAAUCGGCUUUAGCUAUGUUAACAAACAUAUCCAACAUACUGAAGUCUUAUGGACAACAGUUGAAAGCUCCAUCUGCUAUGGUGAGACUACGGCUUUAUGAAACUCUUCUCCUACUUCCACCUCAGUCAUUUGAAAAUUCUUAUACACAUUUGUUGAGAAUGUUAGUUGGAGAGUUCACUCUCACUGAAAAUUCUGCCAAUACUACCACAUCACAACUGAGACAAGUUUGCCAUGCUAAUGAUUCAGUUAUUCUUGGUACAUGGCUUCAAGAAACCGAUCAUAGGACAAUUGAAGACCAGAUGGAACCAAAUCGCAGAGGAGAUUGUGAACAUUUACAACCCAAUAGUGCUGCUGGCUCAGGAGCAUUAGAACAUGAUCCUUGUUGUCUAUAUCGACAUAUAUCUCAGCAUGAAAAUAUUCCUGGUCCGUUACCAUUAGGCGUAGCUGUCAUAGAUAUGUCUGUGCUCUUAUUUGGUCAAAUAUUUCCAAGAGUGGCCAAUAAACAUCGCUUACAAAUGGUUGAUCAUUUCACUGAAUGUAUCAAACAUGCAAAGAGCAUAAGACAGGAAGCUGUUCAAAUGAAUGUAUUCACUGCACUUUUGAGCGGACUGAAAGGUCUCUCCGAAACUAAAGUAAAUGUUGGCUUGGACGACGUAAAGAAAUCUAUUACGACUCUUAUCAUGAGCGCACUGACUUCAUCUAAUCCCAUUCUAAGAUGUGCUGCUGGAGAAGCCAUAGGACGUAUGGCUCAAGUCGUUUCUGAUCACAAAUUCACUGCUGAACUCGCGCAAACAAGUUUUGAUAGGUUGAAAUCAGCGAGGGAUGUUGCAAGCAGAACAGGUCAUUCCCUGGCCCUUGGCUGUCUUCAUAGAUAUGUUGGUGGCAUGGGUUCCAGUCAACAUCUGAACACAAGUGUGUCAAUCCUGCUUGCUUUAGCCCAGGAUCAAACAUCUCCUGUUGUUCAAGUUUGGUCAUUACAUGCACUGGCCCUGAUAGCAGAUUCUGGAGGGCCUAUGUUCAGGGGCUAUGUUGAACCAGCACUUUCUUUGGCUCUGAAACUUUUACUGAAUGUCCCACAGUCAUAUAUAGAUGUUCAUCAGUGUAUUGGAAAAGUUUUGGCUGCACUUAUAACCACAAUUGGUCCUGAGUUGCAAGGGAACACAGCUAAUAUUUCUGCAGCAAGAUCUUCAUUCCUUUGCGCCUGUGCUAUUAUGCAAGACCAUCAGGAUCCCUUAGUUCAAGCAGAAGCUACAGGCUGUUUACAACAACUGCACCUUUUUGCUCCGAAGCAUGUCAAUUUGUCUUCCCUGGUACCAACGCUUUGUAGAACAUUAUCGAGUAAUCAUCUUCUUUUGAGGAAAGCAGCUAUAUCUUGUCUGCGCCAACUUGCUCAACGUGAAGCCAGAGAAGUCUGUGAACAUGCUAUGACGUUGGCAAACGAGAGUCGCGAUAACAAUACAGUUGAAGGACUUCUCAUUACAGAAACUGGUCUUCCAGGAGUGUUCUUCAGCAUGUUGGACACUGAGACUGAUCCUGGCUUAAUAAAAGAUAUUCAUGAUACACUGUUGAGUAUGCUACAGAUGCUCGCUGCUGAUAAUUUAUCCCAAUGGCUUGGACUCUGUAAAGAUGUCCUUACUGUUGCUACAGAUAACAAUGACGAUCAGAUGAAUAAUCUAGGAAAUGAUAACGACAACAACGAGGGCGAAGUUGAAGAUGACGACGAUCAGGUGGAAUUCCACGCCGACUCCGAUUCGUCAACUCAUCCCGCUGUGCAGCCCAGAUGGCCGACUAGGGUUUUCGCCGCUGAAUGCGUUCGAAAAAUAAUCGCCGCAUGCGAAGCGAGCAACAAAUCAGCCCAUUUCGACCUGAUCCAAGCUAAAGAACUACAGCAAACCAAAGGAAGGAGCAAUUUCCUGGUGCUCCAUUUGUCGGACUUGAUUCGAAUGGCUUUCAUAGCGGCUACCAGCGAUUCUGAUCCCCUGCGUUUAGAGGGAUUGAAAACCUUACAGGAAAUAAUCGAAAAGUUCGCCAAAGUUCCGGAGCCCGAAUUUCCUGGCCACCUACUGUUGGAACAGUUCCAAGCCCAAGUGGGGGCCGCACUAAGGCCAGCUUUCGCACCGGAUACUUCCUCUCACGUGACCGCAGCUGCUUGUCAAGUCUGUUCAACGUGGAUCGGCUCCAAUGUAGCCCGCGAUCUAUAUGAUUUAAGAAGAGUGCAUCAUUUGUUGGUUCAGUCUUUGGGUAAACUAGAAAUGAAAACAAACACAACUCAACUUUACAAUGAAAGCUUGGCUACUCUGGAGAAGCUAGCCAUUCUCAAGGCAUGGGCAGAAGUUUACAUUGUAGCUAUGAAAGGGAAUGAAGACGCUAUGCUCGAUCUUACUAUAACAAACAGCAAUUCCACAACAUCUAACGAUGACGAGUUUGGAGAUUACGAGCAUAAGGGGGAGAGUUUACUCACUCUAGUCCAACCGGAAUUGAUUGGAUUAUCGCAGCAUUGGCUCGCUGCUUUGAGGGACCAUGCCCUUCUCUCUUUACCUGCUGAAUUUGCUAGUCAACUGCCACAUGAUGGUGGCGCAUUUUAUACCAAUGACACAAUGGAGUCUUCCAGACCUUACUAUGUAGCCUCAUGGCCACCAAUACUUCAUGCGGCAGCUUUAUGGUUGAACUCUGGCAGUUUCAGAAAUAAUGAAUCUCAACCAGUUAACAAUGACAAUGCUUUGAACAACAACCCUGUCGACAAUAAUACCAAUAUUGAUAAAUUCCAUUUACUCUUUGGUAUCUGCAUGGAAGCUUUGUGCAGUCCAAGAUCAGUCGAACCUAUUGAAAGUAUCAUUACUUGCCUCCAAGCAUUACACACACUUUUAGAUUCCACUUUAACAAAGGAAUUAAUAAUGGUGGAUAGAACCCUGAGUAUUGAAUUAUGUAAUGUUUUGCAUAGAUUAAUCUUAACAAGAGAUAAUCAUACAUGUCAAUUAUUAUGUAUGGAAGUUCUUAAACAAGUCAUUAAAGCUGCACAAAUGAAUCUGGAAACAAUCAAGAAAAUGAAGGCUGAAUCAAGCGAAUUAGACAAUGAAGAAAUGUUGAAUUUAGAUCUGCUAGGAGAAGGUGGUGAAUGUGGCGAGAUACUACCAGGAAAGUCAUUAGUUUUUGGCGUGUUAGAAGUUUGUUUGUGUCUUCUUGUGAGGCAACUCCCAGCUCUUAGUCCCUCUCCAAAUUCUACUAUUGUCAAUUCAAUGAGGAUAACUCAAACAUUGGAUGAAUCAGGGAAAUUAAUAGCAUCUGCUUUGUCUUGCAUGGAAAAUUUACAUACUUUGUGCUCACCUCAAGGUGCAGUGGCCAUUCUUCCGACUAUUUUAUAUCUGACUACUGGUGUUAUCAGGGAAUUAGCUACCAAAAAUGUCAAUGAUGCCUCCAUUUUGGCCAACAAUCCUUCUGUUCAAGCAGCUCUUCAUUGCCUAAAAGUCAUGACUGUUGAUAAGUACUGUUGUGAUCCAAGAAGUGGUGACAACUGGCAAAAGUUGCUUCAAAGUGCUCUUGCUAAGGUUAUAGACUUAGCCAAAACUGGAGACGAUCAAACUAAAUUAGAUGAAGUUACAAUGAUGCUCUCAAUAGGUGUAUUUGUAUUGCAUGCCCCCUCUGAAGUUGUUACGGCGCCAAAUCUUCAAUACCCAUGUAUAAAUCAUUUCAGACAAUGUUUGCAGAGUCCGAAUUCUACUGUGAGACUGAAAUGUGUGCAAACAUUGAAGUCCUUGUUUGCUCAUUCAGAUAAAUCUAUUUCUACUGCCUACAUUCACAGUUUAGCUCCAAGACUUGUAGAGUUCCUAUAUUCUGAGACAUCAAGGAAAAUAUUCUCUGACGAAGAAUUAUUAAUAACUCUGGAAACAAUAGUUUGUGUCGAGUCCCUCAUUUCUUUGGCUGAACCUCAGAACAGAAUUCAGAUGCUGACUCUUUUGGUACCAGUUUUGAUAAGCUAUCUACUGGAUGGACAAGCUCUUAAAAGUGCAAAUAAAUACGCAUUGAAGCUUCAUGAAACAAGUCUUCAGUGGUUGAUGCGAAUUGGCCCCCAAUAUUCACAGGAAUUCAAAACGCUCAUGAGUCAAUGUAAUGAUCUUCGUAUCAAACUAGAAAAUGCCAUAAGAAACAAUCAGCAGAAGUCUAUUAAAAUAAAGAAUGAAGUCAACAUGAAUAAGCCUCUUGUGAACAAUGCACCUUCCAUAAAAUUGAAGACGGAUUUUAGUAAUUUCUCUUAAGAAAUUGAUAUUAGUUAUUCAAACAAAAAUUGUAGCAAUACUUCAAUGUUUUAUAUCAUACUAAUAUAUUACGGAUUUAUUUGUAAAUAUGUAUAAUUUUGAUAUGUUAUUUAUUAAUACAUUAAUUUUUACUGGUUUGAAAUGAAAGAAAGUGAUAACAAAUUACAUAUAAGUACAGUAUGGUUGAUGGAUGAGGCAUUUUGAAAUAUGCAAUCACUUAUGAAUAAAAUCUAACAGUGGAAUGAGAAGUAUAAUCCCUGCUCAUCUUUUUCUCAAAAGAAUUUUUUUUUAAAGAGAUAUAUUUACAAAAAUGUCUUACUAUCAAACUAUUAAUGCUGAAAAUUAAUGACUGAAUUUAGAUGACCAAUAUUUCUAAUUCCUAUUGAUGAAGUCCUGUAGAAUUCCAUUGAAUGAAAGUUACAUAGGGUAUGGAUUUUUCUCUCCCUAUAUAUUUUAUUUACCUUAGAUACUGAAUUUGUGUAUGAGAUGAAAUUUCAUUCAACAUCAAAUAUAACCGAUUUAAUUUAUCUGCUCACCUCACCAAGGGAAUAAAUUGUCAUGAUUCACUGUAUCAUUCCAUAAUUGUUUGUCCGAUUUAUACCAAAGGAGUUAACACGAAAAAUUAUCGUGUUAUGCAUUUAAUAAUUGAAAUUUGUGGAAAUAUGACCUGAAGUGACUUUCAUCAGAGUUGAUAGAGGAAUAGUUACUAAAUGUACUGAAAUGAUUAUUAAUGGAAUCUAUUUAACAAGCAUAAUUAAAUGAUUUAGAAUGUA